AUGAAGAUAACUCUACUGAAGGCCUGGAAUUUGGCAGGAAAGGUUGAAGGACAAGUUAAUGAUGAUGGAACUGACAAUUUCUACUUCAGAUCAGAGCACCACCUUCUGACAAUUCUUGAGAACGCCCCUUAUACUUUUAAUAGCUGGAUGGUAGCUUUUGAUCGAUGGAAUCAGCGAGAACUGCCACAGUUUCUCAAAGCUAUCCCCUUUUGGAUUCAGAUUGAAAAUCUACCCAAUAUUUUCAGAAGGGAGCAAAUUGUUAGAAGUAUUGGUUCCAAGCUUGGUCAUGUGGAAGAUGUAGAGAUUUCUGAACCAAUUGUUCUUCGUCCUGCAGAGGUUUGGGUGAAGGUCCGCUUCAAUGUUGAUGAUGAAUUUACCUUGCAUAGCUUUGAUGUUUGUCCCCAUCCUCCUAAUAUAGAAACUCAAAGCUUUCAGCUGAUGCAAAUUGACCCAGUGACUACUCAUAUGGAUACAUCAGUCAUAGCGCUUCCAUCUCCGUCGGAUCAAGUUCAGGGGCAGUCCAUAGAUGCGAGUAUCCUUACUCCUAUUCUUCCUUGGAAUGGCUCUGAUCAUCGACCUUUGCUCAUUCAUACAGAGCUUUACCGCAAAUGUGGCUAA